AUGAAUCCAUCCGAGAAGCGGCGGGGCGGCGGCGGCGGCGGCGGCGGCGGCGGCGGACGAACGUCAUCAUCGCAACCCCACACCACCACCACCACCACCAAACAAAGCAACGCCAGCACGGCUACCAGCAGCAAAAGGCGAGACAGCAUCAGGGCCAACAAGGAUCGGGAUCAGCAGAAUAAAGAGGGGGAAGCAGCAGGCAGGCUUCCCACCCUGCCGCCCCGCGCCGCCGUCAGCAGCGCCACCCCCGAAGAUCAGUCUGGCCCUCCCGACGGCGGCGUAACCCUCCCGGCCGAAAGGGAGGACGCCCUCGGCACCAGCAGCAACCACACGCGAUCCAGGGAUUCCCAGAAGCAGCAGCAGAGGGACCGAUCCCGUGGCGGCGGCAGCCGAACGCGACCCACCCCUAGGCAGAAACCGUCAUCGUCCCCCUCCUCCUCGUCCAACGAUGACAAGCAGCAGCAGCAGCAGCAGCAGGGCGACAUGGACAAGAUAGCCGAGCUGAAGCGGGAGAUGGCAGCCAUGGAGCGCGAUUUCAACCAGCGGCUCGACAGGCUGAGCCAGAGCGAGAGCGAGACGGCGGCGUUCUGGCAGGCUAAGCACAGCGCGCUCCACCAGCAGUUCCUCCGGGCGGACACGGAGGUACGGCUACUCCGGUCGGAGGUCGAGACACGCGCGGCCGAGCGGGACGAGCUGCGGCGCGGGUGGGACGUGCUGCGGCGGCAGCUGCAGGAGCGCGACGACGAGGCGCGGCGCCUCCGGUCCCAGGUGCGCGGGCUCAAGGAGUUCGUCAGCACGAGCACCAGGACGCACGGGCAGGCCACGGACGAGGACGUGGUGCGCGGCAUGGCCAGGCUGGCCAACGGGCUGCAGAACUGGGUCAUCACCAACUUCCGCAGGGCGAGGCUGUCCACCAAGACGGCGGGGAACGACGUCGACGACGCCGAGCUGCUCGACCUGGCACCCACACUGUUCCUACAGGAGCGGGGGGCCGGCGGCCAGGCGCCGUCAAAGGUGCACCUGCUGCAGUCGGUGGCGUCGAGGAUACUGGUGGACAUGGUGUUCAACGCGUACUACGUCGGACUGUCGGAUGACCAGACGGCUCAGUUCAACGACAUGGAGAAGCUGCUACUAUCCUUUGGUACGUGGCCUCGGUCACUCUGCACCCUUUUCCUUCCCCUCACUUUCUUUCCAUCUUUAUUUCCACCGUCUUCUCUUGACAGCUCGACGACGUGCAUGUAUGCUAACCUACGGGUUAUGGAAAACCUCCAUCAUAAAAAAGCUGGCGACCAAGAACCCGUCAACCAGUGGCGGUCGUCAACCUUGGCCCUGAUCCGCCGCGAGGCACCACAGCGUCUGUCAGACGAGACGGCGGCUUUUGCAGAGAAGGUCGCGUCGCGCAUAAACCGCAUCAUGGACUCCAUCACCACUGCCAACAGCAGCAGCAGCAGCAGUAUCACGACCGCGACCACCACGACGAGCCCAGAGACUCCGCGCGACUCUAGCCUACGCGCGCUGGUCAGCACUGCCAUCGACCUGGCCCGUCUACUGGCGGUGCAGAAGGCCGUGCUGCGCGUGUACUUCCCGCCUGUGCUCCCUCACCAGCGCAUCCCCUUCGACACGGACACGAUGGAGGACAUUGGCGGCGGGGGUGAGGAGGACGAGGCCGACGAUGCCCUGGUCGGGAGAGAGGUUCGCUGCGUGGCGUUCCCGGGCAUCAUCAAGUAUGGCGACGAGACUGGUGGGCAUCUACACUUUCGCAAUGUGAUUUGCAAGGCUAGAGUGUUAUGUAAAUCCGAUGAUUGA